CUUUUGGUCUGCUUGGUCAUAGGCCCUGGCUUGGCAAGUGAGGCUUGGGAAGGAGGUCCGCUUUUGUCUUUUGUUUCAAAGGCAAGGCUAGAUGUUCCUGACCUUACUCGUUGAAUCCAGAGGAAUCAUAAAAUUACACUUGUUGUUUUAGGAGUAGCCAGGAUGAUCAAUUUGGACUCACUAAUUUUAAUUUCCCGUUAGAGCUGAUAUUGGAGACAAUAAAGUUUGUUCUUGCACAACUCUUUGCAUGUCAUAGAUACGAUUGAUCUGACACUCGAUAUCUUAUGGCAUAUAUAAUGGAUGAAUCAAGGCACACUGCAAGAGGGAUAAUAUCCGAGAUGAAUUAUGGAUUCCGCGAACUUGAACUCAGAUACGCAAAAAUAAGCUUCGGAACUAUUGAGAAUAUCAUUAAAAUCAAAGGGCAAGAAGCCUUCUACAAUAAAUCCAGAUGCAUCAGGACACGGAUAGCCCAGUAUUUAAUGUUCCCAUAUGUGGGCAAUGACACAUCACAUUGCACAGAGUUCGACGAUAUCAUCACCAAUUAUUCAGGAGAACAGAUUGAUGCUAGACUUAAUUUGAAAGCGAUUGUUUUGAAAAUUAGCAUUCUCAUCGUUAUUUCUAUGUCGAUAAUUUCAUUCAUGCAAUUAAUAUGAAAGGAAUGGAAAAUAUAUAAAGAUCAAACAAGUUUAAUCAAAGAAAGGCUCGCCAGACAAAGAUAUUCUGAUCAUGAAGAUGACCAAAGAAGUCUCAAUGAGCUGAGCUUUAAUUUUACCUUACAUACUCAACAACCCAUCCCUCAACAUCCCCUUAACAACCCCUCUCCAACCAUAAGCCACACUUCCAACCCAACCCCAUCAAUCCAAAUCCCUCAUCCCCCAACCUCCCAAAAUCCCUCUUCACCAACCCAAGCUCACUACUUCAACCUCUCUUCCUCUUAGC